UCACCUUCGACUCUGCUCACCUCACGCUCGCAUCGUCCCAAAUCUCUCCGAUUUCUCCUUCUUCCUCCUCCCCCUCAUCUCCGCUCUUGUUACCUCCGCCAUUUUUUUCUCCUCCUCUCCCGCUCCCAUCAAUCCACAAAAUAAGAAACCCUAGCUCGAGCUCCGAUCCAAUCCGAUGCCCCCUUAACCCCCUCAAAAUUUCGAGGAGGAGGAGGAGGAGGAGGAGGAGAAGCGAUGUCCCCCGCCACCGCCGCUGCUUCCCCUCGCAACCUACGACCCCUUCCUCGCCCUCGUCGAUUCUACUCACUCCCCGUUCCUCGGUCUCGCCUAAAAACCCCUCCUUUCUCCAAUCGCUCUUUAUCCCCACCGCUUUACUCACAGUUCACGACUCUUGAGCCCAAAAGGAGUAGAUUCGCCUCUUCGGUAAAGAACCCAUCUCGGUGGCCGAUCGCCGUCCACUUAUCCGGUGAGGAUGUCAGUGGGAGUCGGGAGAAGGAUCUACCGGUCCAGCCGAGCUUCGACUCCGUGCUUUCGGCGGUCGAAGUUCUCUGCAUCGUGCCGCCCGCCAUCUAUUCGAUCGGGUGCCUCAUCGGGUCGGUGCUGCCGCCUGCGGCGGCCAAACAGUUCCAGGCGUCGGCAGGGAAUAAGCUUUUUGUGUGGCAGUAUUUUCUCUUGGUCGGUGCGGUGGCGAUCGGGUGUUUGAUUCGGUGGCGGCAGUGGCGACGGCUGUAUAGGGUGAAUGGGAGGGGUGUGAGUGUUGAUCUGAUCGGGAGGAUCGAGACGGUGGAGGAGGAUCUGCGGAGCUCCACGACCAUCAUCCGCGUGCUCUCGCGGCAGCUUGAGAAGCUUGGGAUUAGGUUUAGGGUUACUAGGAAGGCCUUGAAGGAGCCGAUUGCGGAGACAGCAGCUUUGGCACAAAAGAAUUCUGAGGCUACUCGAGCACUAGCGAUACAAGAGGACAUUCUCGAAAAGGAGCUCGGUGAAAUUCAGAAGGUUCUGUUGGCUAUGCAGGAACAACAGCAAAAGCAGCUCGAGCUGAUCCUCGCUAUCGGCAAGGCAGGAAAGCUAUUAGAUGGUAAGCGAGAGUCUGCAUUAGAAGAGGGCAACACCGCGGCUGCUACUCGCAUUCCAGAGAAAAGGGAGACGGAAGAGCUCAAGGUGCAGUCUAAACUAGUUGCUGGAGGGAAUGACAAACCCUAGAUUUUCAAUUCUCUUCGAAUAACUUCUCGGCACGGCCCCUGGAGGUCACAAUUUUUCAUGUAAGUUUGGAUUAAUUGUAUAAUUAGGGUCGCGGUUAAGAAAUACAAAUAUGGGUAAUACGCGCCUGCAAUAUUAAAUAGUUAAUGGCUGUAUAUGAUAUGAUAUGAUAUGAAUGUGUUGAGAAAUCAUUGGGUUGGAGCUCUAAGAUUAGUUGUGUCAGCAAUCCGAUGAGCGCGGGAUUUGGGAAUAAAUUCAAAAUCAGACUUCCUAUUGUAAAAACAUGGUGAUUAUUUUUUUA